AUGACCGGUCUGGACUCCCGAACCGACACAAUCCUUAGCAUCUCCGUUCUCCUCACCACAUCCGACCUCACACCGCUGGAACCCGAAGGUCUAACACUGUGCAUCAAUCACAGUGAAGCACAACUCGCAAGCAUGUCAGAGUGGUGCACCAAAACACACACAUCGACGGGGCUCACAACUCUAUGCCUCAACCCAAACACCUCAACGACACCGACUCUCGCCGCGGCGCAAAUACUCCAGUACAUCAAAACAUACAUCCCAACACCACAGACGGCGCUCCUAGCGGGGAAUUCAAUCCACGCAGACCGGGCCUUCCUGAUGGUUCCCCCGUGGGACGCGAUCCUGGCGCACCUGCACUACCGACUAUUCGACGUCAGCGCGACGAAGGAGAUGCUGCGGCGCUGGGCGCCACCUGAAGUCCUGGCCGCCGCGCCCGUCAAGCAACUGCGCCACAGUGCGCGCGAGGAUGUGCUGGAGAGCAUCGACGAGGCCCGCUUCUACAUGACGUUGCUCAAGACCCUGGGGAACCCAGGCAGUCUUCCAACGCCGGCACUGACGUCUGUGCCCUUCUCGACUCACGAGAAUGGGUUUGGAAAGUCCUACAACGAUAGUCAUAACUACAACAACAACACUUACGGAGCCAGCAGCACAAGCAUGCCGCCAAUCUCUUUCCAAACAGAGCCAAAGCAAGACCAGGAAACGCUACAGCGCAUGCAUCAACUUUUUAACGCCGGCGGUGACAGUGGCAACGCUACCUCCACCACCACCAAAAGCUGGGACAACGACGCUGCCGACGGCUUUCGCACCGAUGUGCCCUAA